AUGAAUCAUCUUCGAGAACACUAUAUGCUCGUCAAUUACACUGUAGCGAGCAUUUUUGUGCAAAACCCAGGAAAUCUUGACGAUCCAAAACGACUUCAAUUAAUGAAUAAUCUUGUCGCAGAUUUUGAAUCCUAUCCGGAAUGUUUAGGCUCUAACUUCAGUCACUAUUUUGUACGAGACUAUAAGUUUUUCCAAGAGACGGUUGAGCUCGAGGAGGAUGAGGCAUUUGGAGAAGAACCUCAACGAAACAACACAUUCACGAAAUCAGCUAUGCAGCCAUUUUUCUCCUGGCCAGAAUUCAAACAUUGGAAUGGGUUUGUGAAAUUCGACGAACAGGGAAAGUUAAAUCGAGUCUGGAUCGUUGUUGCGUAUCACGGACAACAACUGGGUGACAAUGUGUACAGAAAGGGAAUUUUAGAAAGGUAAGG